AAGAACACCAGUGGAAAGCCUUACUUACCACCACCGUUUAUUAUGUGUUUCAUGUGCAUGAUAAUUACUUUUAUAAUGCCACUCAUGAAUAAAUUGAUCAGAUUAGGGUGAAUCACCUGGCUGGCCAAUAGCUAUUGGAACAAUUCUCUGCGCGUGACUUUGUUGCAUUAUUACAAAACGUGGCAGGAUCGACCUGCCCAGCCGUCACAGCAGAUGUGCAUUCGUAACGCUGCCUCAAGGAGAUGAGGAGAUGAGAGCAAAUUGUUCCAGCAGCUCAGCCUGCCCUGCCAACAGUUCAGAAGAGGAGCUGCCAGUGGGGCUGGACGCACAUGGGAACCUGGAACUUGUCUUCACAGUGGUGUCGGCCGUGAUGAUGGGCCUGCUCAUGUUCUCGUUGGGAUGCUCCGUGGAGGUCCGAAAGCUGUGGGCGCAUGUCAGGAGACCCUGGGGCAUUGCUGUGGGACUGCUCUGCCAGUUUGGGCUCAUGCCUCUUACAGCUUAUCUCCUGGCCAUCAGCUUCUCUCUGAAACCAGUCCAAGCUGUUGCUGUUCUUAUCAUGGGGUGCUGUCCAGGAGGAACCAUCUCUAACAUUUUCACCUUCUGGGUUGACGGAGAUAUGGAUCUCAGCAUCAGUAUGACAACCUGCUCCACAGUGGCUGCGCUGGGGUUGAUGCCACUCUGCCUGUAUCUCUACACUUGGUCCUGGAAACUUGAGCAGAACCUCACCAUUCCGUAUCAGAAUAUAGGAAUUACCCUUGCGUGCUUGAUUGUUCCUGUGGCCUUUGGCAUCUGUGUGAAUUACAGGUGGCCAAAACAAUCCAAAAUCAUCCUCAAGAUUGGGGCCUUUGUUGGUGGGGUCCUCCUUGUGGUGGUUGCAGUUGCUGGUAUGGUGCUGGCGAAAGGAUCUUGGAAUUCAGACUUCACCCUUCUGACCAUCAGUUUCAUCUUUCCUUUGAUUGGCCAUGUCACGGGUUUUCUGCUGGCACUCCUUGCCCACCAGUCUUGGCAGAGGUGUAGGACAAUUUCCUUAGAAACUGGAGCUCAGAACAUUCAGAUGUGUGUCACCAUGCUUCAGCUGUCUUUCACUGCCAAGCAGUUGGUCCAGAUGCUUACUUUCCCGUUGGCCUAUGGACUCUUCCAACUGCUGGAUGGAUUUCUUAUUGUUGCAGCAUAUCAGCUGUACAAGAGGAGAGGGAAGAACAAACACAGAAAAGAGAACCCAGAGUUUACAGAAGCCUGCCACAAGACGUCCACUUCUCCCAAAGAGACGCGUGCCUUCUUGGAGGUGAAUGAAGAAGCUGGUGUAACUCCUAGGCGAUCAGGACCACAGGACUCUUGAACCAGCGGGCCACAUCUCUGCAUGUAUACAGCAGAGGCCUGUUGGUGUCCCCUACCCAUCCUGCUCAGCGGCCAGUAAAGAAACUGCAGAGCUGACGUGUGAAUGGCAUUGGCAGUGCUUGUGGAAUAUUUGAGUGCUAGAUGUUAGAAUAUUUAUAUUUUUGUUGGAUUGUGAAUGGGAUAGGUAUCCCUUUUUGAGGAUGUAUUCUGCUGAUUUCAGAGAGUAUUUUGAGGGGUUCACACAGCAUAUUUACUAAGUGCUAUGUGUCUCCUUGUCUUCCCACACAGUGAAGAGCAACCCCCCAUGGUAAUGUGGGAGUGAUGAGUCCAGAGGGCUGUCACCUUGUUCUUCAGGGCGAAGGCAGAGUCUAGACCUACUUGACUUCUGACUUAGCAGUACUGGGGAGGAAACAGCUCUUACAGAAAUGGGGUCCUUUCUCAAGUGAGAUUAUUUAUGUGCUUCAACAUCUUUUUGUGUUGUACAUUUAAUACAAAUUUAGAGGAAUGCAAUGAACACAUGAGGUUAAAAGGUGAAUGUCUAUAUUUUUACUCCUUAGGGUAGGCACACUGAUACCCUGCUAACAUUUGUUUAUAGGUUUAUCUCUUAAAAAACAUUGAGCACAUCCCAUCUGUGCUGUUUGAUAAGUCACUGAAUCAUGUAUUAUGGAACAUCUUUAUGUGUCAGUCUGUGUCCACGGAUCUCAUUCUUUAGAACAGUGGCUGCAUGGGAGAGCAUUCUAUGCCAUGGAAGGACUGUGAUAUACUAAGCAUUCCUUAUUCCUAGAUAUUUAGUUUGCAACAUGUAGAUUUUAGAGAGCUGCUACAAACACCCGCGUGCCUGUGCAAGCAUGUCUGUGGGAUCACUUCCUGCAACAUGAAGUGCCAGGCCCAUUGCACACUAAAAACCUGGACAGGCUGUCUUCGGGCUCUGUCACGUGCAGUGGCACUGGCGGGCCUGGCUUCCCGGCCACCCAAAGAAUGGCCAGUUCCAAUUUGUGAAACUAUCUCAUUGAAGACUACAUUUAAAAAAUGAUGAAGUAUUUUUUUAUGAGCACCUGUCUAUUCAUGUCUUUGACGACUUUUCUAUUGCUUUUUCUUUUUGUCUUACAAAAUUUAACACAUUGGGGAUAGUGAUUUGCUAACAUUUGAUGUACCUAUGUACCUUAUCUUUUGUUUUUCUGUAAUGUCUAUCAUAUGCAAGUUUUAAAUAUAUAUUUUUACAUAUUGUUACUUGUCUUGAGAAUGUUUUGUGACCUUAAUAGCUGUCAAAUUUUAGAAUAUUUAUAUUUUUGUAUGAAUUGUGAUUUGUGAUAGGCACACUCUUUGAGAAUGUAUUUGACCUCUUUUCAGGAAGUUCUUUUUGGGGAUUUAUACAACUUAUUUCCUGUCACAUGUAUUUUGUGUUCCUGUGCAAUAAACAGUACCUGGCAGUAGGUGAAAUUUA